UGGGGAUUCUGCUGAUGCACGCCGUGCAUUGAUUUCCGCAGGGAUUGUGUGGCUUUCGAUCCUCUCGUAUCCCCAUCACUUCUGGCAGACACAUCAUGGUGGGUAAGUUGAUGCACCAAUGAAAUGACUGCAAGAAUUGGAGGUGCGAGACCCACCGGUUUUGCAGGUGCCAUACUUAAACGGUAACGAGUUAUUGGAACUCUGCAGUGAAUUAUGGCGACGAACCUUAACAGUCAGGGGACGUAUGCAGCAUGUGUGUAACAAUGGCUCAAUCCUCGAAGCCGCCCCCAGCGGACUCAACUUGAAAACUCACCCACUUGACUGCGCAUACUCCCGCCACAACCAAGAUCCCCAAAAAAAAUUGCAAGUGUUGCUCUCAAAUAAAAAGCCCGAAACUCCAGCCAACGCGUCCCUUGUCCCUUUAACUCGCCCGGACCCGCAUCAUUCCACCCUGCUAUUUCCCCAAUCACGCUCAAAUCUCCCCGCUCUCUACUCCGCUUGCAACAUCUCCCGCUUACUUAGCAGCCUCACAAUCAUAGGCCUCGACAUCAUAUGCGAACCUCGGCCCACUAAGGUAACACCUUUCCUUCUUUGGGUUCCACCCCAUUUCCUGGGGCAUACGGCCCUGUAUUCUACCUCUCCGCGCUUGGGGUGUUGGUCUCUGUCUUCGGGUUCGUUUGAGGAUGGGAUUGCGAGGGCGAAGAGGCUGAGGGAGAGGCUGAGGAGAGUGGUGACUGUCACAUUGGGAGACACAUCUUUGUCGGAUUGAUGGGUUGUUCCUUGAGAAAAUUGAACGACCUUCCUUUUGUCGCGAAUUUGAAGGUUUUGCAGGGUUUGUUGUUGGGCCUGCAAGGGAAUAGAGGGUUCCAAUGUUGGUGGCUGUUGGGCUGAAGGGAUUCCGAACACUUGCCUUGAGUGGCUUGCUCAGCCCCUAAAGCGCUCGCUUGAGGCCCAAUGGGAGGUUGCCAGGCGCGUA